AUGCCGCGCACUUGUUCGUUCCCUUCAAAUCGUGGGGAGGAAAUGCUAGAAGCACUCAAGGCUCUCUCAACCUUUUUUGUGGAAAACAGUCUGCGCACCCGGAGAAACUUGCGUGGAGACAUCGAGCGACGAAGCUUGGCCAUAAAUGAAGAAUUUGUCCACAUAUUCAAGCAAGUUAAAGAGGAGCUUGAGAGUAUAAAUGAAGAUGUGCAGGCAAUGAGCAGCUGCUGUGAAGACAUGUCCAGUCGCUUGAAGGCAGCAAAGGAACAAACCCAGGACUUGAUAGUAAAAACCACAAAACUCCAGGCAGAAAAUCAGAGACUAGAGAUGAAAGCACAAGUUGCAGAUGCAUUUUUAGCAAAAUUCCAACUGACACCGGAUGAAAUGAACCUCCUUCGAGGCACGAAAGAUGAGCCAAUUACUGAGGAUUUUUUCAAGGCUUUGGGAAGAGUAAAGCAAAUUCACGAUGAUGUGAAGAUUCUCCUCCGGACAAAUCAGCAAAGGGCAGGCUUGGAAAUCAUGGAACAGAUGGCUUUACUGCAAGAGACAUCUUAUGAACGACUUUACAGAUGGACUCAAAAUGAAUGCAGGACUUUGACACAAGAAUCGUGUGACAUUUCUCCAGUUCUCGCUCAAGCCAUGGAAGCCUUACAAGAUAGACCUGUCUUGUAUAAGUACACAUUGGAUGAGUUUGGAACAGCUAGGAGGAGUGCUGUAGUCCGUGGCUUUAUAGAUGCCCUUACUAGAGGAGGCCUGGGAGGUACUCCGCGCCCUAUUGAAAUGCACUCCCAUGAUCCUCUGAGGUACGUAGGAGACAUGCUGGCCUGGUUGCAUCAAGCUACAGCUUCUGAAAAAGAACAUCUAGAAGCUAUGUUAAAGCUUGUAACUAUUCAAGGUGUGGAAGAAAAUAUUCAAGAAGUAGUUGGGCACAUCACAGAAGGUGUCUGCAGGCCUCUGAAGGUUAGAAUCGAGCAGGUGAUUGUUGCCGAGCCAGGAGCAGUUUUACUGUACAAGAUUUCUAAUCUUCUCAAGUUCUACCACCAUACAAUCAGUGGCAUUGUAGGAAACAGUGCAGCCACACUGUUGACAACAAUUGAAGAAAUGCAUUUGUUGAGCAAAAAAAUAUUCUUUAAUAGCCUGAGUCUUCAUGCAAGCAAAUUAAUGGACAAG